UAUAGUAUAAAUUUGCAUGUCCAUGGCCGGCAGCACAACAAAGGAAGCGACGCUCUGCCUGUCUCGUGCACGCACCGUUGGUCACAAUGGCCAGUCUACGUGCGCGUUCCUGCUGUGUAGCGACAAGAUGGCGGUCGCCGCCCCAUCAGGCGUUAAAGUUCCCCGCAAUUUCCGGCUCUUGGAGGAGCUGGAGGAAGGACAGAAAGGUGUGGGAGAUGGGACCGUGAGCUGGGGUCUGGAGGAUGACGAGGACAUGACCUUAACCCGCUGGAGGGGGGUGAUUCUUGGCCCUCCAAGGACCAGCUAUGAAAACAGGAUGUACAAUCUGAAGGUUGAAUGUGGGCCAGAAUACCCGGAGCUGCCACCGUAUGUCAGAUUUGUGACAAAGAUAAACUUGAAUGGCGUGCACACCUCCAGCGGUGUGGUUGACAUGCACGCGGUGACGCCGCUGGCCAAGUGGCAGAACUCCUACAGCAUCCAGAUGGUGCUGCUGGAGCUGCGACGACUCAUGACGUGCAAGGAAAACAUGAAGCUUCCUCAGCCGCCCGAGGGCCAGAUCUACACCAACUGAACCCCCUCAAAGAACUUUUCCGCUUUGCUCUUAUUUCUUUAACCCCAUCCUGCACCAUGUGACAUUCCACCGCCAGCCGGCACAGAAGACUCGGUAUACAGUAACAGAUACAUACAUACACAUAUUGAGGGUUUAUGAAGGUCAUUCCAGGUAUUGACUGCCUCCCCUCCCCCCUCUCAUCACUGGAGCUCUGGGUGGACUCGAUGUGACGAGGCAGGUGGAGUCCUCAGUCCACACCAGAUCUGAUCAUUUAAAUACUAUACAUGUUAUUAAUCUUUGAGUAUUAUUAUUAUUAUUAUUUGUUAAAAAAAUGCAGAUGUACAAUAACAUAAAUAAUCCUAUUGAGUGUACCUCUUUGUGUGUUGUGUUUUUGUAACAUUUAAUACAGCCUCCUAAAGUAAUCGCACAUAGUCGAUGGAACGCCGCUGCUGUUAGUUGACCUUUCGAGGUGAUGUAUGAAAACCCUGUACCCACAACGCAUUUAACAUAUGAAGUAUGUCUCAUCUGAUGAAAUAUUUUCUCAAGUGUGUGUGUAAACAUGGGCUUCCACAUGUAACCUCCCUCCCCCCAAGCAGUUCUGUAGUAAAAUGUACGACUGCAGCUCAGCAAGCGGUCACCAUACUCACACGUGGCUUUUUCCUCCCGCCUUCUAUGUCAGAAUAGUUUAAAGUGAACGUUGUGUACAGUCUCUAUACCACUGUAUCUGAUCUUAGUAUACAUAGUACACAAAUCUACUGUUAGGUAUGCAGAAGUCCCAGUGAAACCAUGCUUGGAAAGUGUAAAUGAAAUCAGCUACCUCUCUUGGUCCUGUGUAACGUAAGGGGAAUUAUCUGACUUGUGAAACUGUCUUUGCUACUUCAUGUGACAAUUUGUUUUAUUUUUUCUCCACUUCUUUCAUAAACCGUUACUUAUGCUUCUCA